CAACCACCACAUUUCUCCUCUUAAAGAGACAGUAAUACAAUACAACGCCGUACAAUAGUACAUAAGCAACAAUUCGCUACCUUGCCCCGCCGUAACCUUCUAAAUCUCCUCAAGCUAUCAAACUCAUUGUCACCCACCUCUAUCCGGCGCAAACUCUCACCUCCAACACAGCACAGCACAAUGGCAUCAACAGCACACCCCUCCUUCCCACAACGGCCAUACUCCUCAACACUACACGGCAAACUCCCCGAACGAAACGUAAAUGCAUUUGGCGGGUCAGCGCAUCCAGCAGGACGAGAUGCAGGGCGUGGAGAUCGUGAAAGGGGCCAACAGCAGCAACGGGAGAGUAAAGAGCCCGAGACACCACAGGUAUCGGACGAGCAGAGGGAGGAGAUAAAUGAAGCUUUCGCCCUCUUCGACCUCGACAAAGACCACCGAAUUGACUACCACGAAUUCAAAGUCGCCCUCAAAGCCCUCGGCUUCGACCUCCCCAAAUCCGAAAUCCUCGCCCACCUAUCCACCUACGGCGUCCCGCCUCUCACCCCAUCCAAUCCCCCACCACAGUCUUCCCGACCUCAGAACGCCUUCGCCGCACCGCAUCAAUCCGCAGCCGCCUCCAACCCACUAAACCCGAACGAGCCUCUUCCCCCAGGACGCCUCACGCUCACACUCCCCAGUUUCCAGACCAUAGCCGCGAAACUGAUCAGUGAGCGUGAUCCAAGGGAUGAGAUUUUGAGGGCGUUUGCGCUGUUCGAUGCUGAUGAGAAGGGGAUGAUUACGCUGGAGGAUUUGAGGAGGGUGGCGAGGGAGUUGGGGGAAGGGUUGGAGGAUGAGGAGUUGGUGGCUAUGAUUGAAGAAUUUGAUCUGGAGGGGAAGGGAGGCGUAGGGAGGGAUGAGUUUGUGGGGAUUUGUAUGAGUUGAGAGUCGAUCAAAGGAUACUUAUAUGGCUACUAUAAUUUCAUCUUAGUAAUUAUUUGCUGGUAUGAGGCGGGGCGUGGUGGAUGGGACACAGCCUUCUCGUAUAUGGGUUAACCUGCAUGUUUUGGUACAUUACCAUGGAGCGAGGAGUCUAGGCGCUUUGGCAAGUUGAUCAUGGAAUUCCUUCGCCCCGUCUAAACGUGCUUCACCGCAAUUUCAAGCACAUCCGAAUGAGAUUGAAGAACGCGCACAGUAAGGAGUGGUCA